UGCAGGCGGCUCUGAGGGCAACAGUGUGGACAUAUGUGGGCUGCAGUGUGAAGGUCUGAGGUUCUGAGGGCAGCAGUGUAGAUGUUUGAGGGCAGCUGAGGCUCUUUAGGCAGCACAGUGGAUGUCUUAGGCAUGAGUGCAGAAGUGUAGAGAGCUGAGGGCAGCUGAAGCUCUGAGGGCAUCACUGUGGAUGUUGAAGGCAGCAGCGUUGAGUCUGAGGGCAGCAGUGUGAAUGUCUGAGGGCAGCUGAAGCUCUGAGGGCAGCAGUGUGGAGGCUGAGAGCAGAAGUGUAGAGGUCUGAGGGCAGCAGUGUGGACAUCUGAGGACAACUGAAGCUCUGAGGGCAGCAGUGUAGACUUCUGAAGCUCUGAGGGCAGCAGUUUGGACAUCUGAGGGCAGCUGAAGCUCUGAGGGCAGCAGUGAAGACGUCUGAGGGCAGCUGAAGCUCUGAGGGCAGCAGUGUUAAGUCUGAGGCUCUGAGGGCAUCACUGUGGAUGUUGAAGGCAGCAGUGUUGAGUCUGAGGGCAGCAGUGUGAAUGUCUGAGGGCAGCUGAAGCUCUGAGGGCAGCAGACUGGAGGCUGAGUGUCUGAGGGCAGCAGUGUGGAGGCUGAAAGCAGAAGUGUAGAGGUCUGAGGGCAGCAGUGUGGACAUCUGAGGACAACUGAAGCUCUGAGGGCAGCAGUGUAGACUUCUGAAGCUCUGAGGGCAGCAGUUUGGACAUCUGAGGGCAGCUGAAGCUCUGAGGGCAGCAGUGAAGACGUCUGAGGGCAGCUGAAGCUCUGAGGGCAGCAGUGAAGACGUCUGAGGGCAGCUGAAGCUCUGAGGGCAGCAGUGUUAAGUCUGAGGCUCUGAGGGCAGCAGUUUGGACAUCUGAGGGCAGCUGAAGCUCUGAGGGCAGCAGUGAAGACGUCUGAGGGCAGCUGAGGCUCUGAGGGCAGCAGUGUUAAGUCUGAGGCUCUGAGGGCAGCAGUUUGGACAUCUGAGGGCAGCUGAAGCUCUGAGGGCAGCAGUGAAGACGUCUGAGGGCAGCUGAAGCUCUGAGGGCAGCAGUGAAGACGUCUGAGGGCAGCUGAAGCUCUGAGGGCAGCAGUGAAGACGUCUGAGGGCAGCUGAAGCUCUGAGGGCAGCAGUGAAGACGUCUGAGGGCAGCUGAAGCUCUGAGGGCAGCAGUGUUAAGUCUGAGGCUCUGAGGGCAGCAGUUUGGACAUCUGAGGGCAGCUGAAGGUCUGAGGGCAGCAGUGAAGACGUCUAAGGCUGGUCAUGGCAUCGCUCUGGACGCUGCUGUUCCUCACAGCUCUGCUGGCAGGGGUAAGAUGCACACCUGCUGCAGGUACUGACCCAGUUCCCACCACCCUGAACCCAUCCUCACCCAAUCACACAGCAGCAGCAGCUCCACGCUCCAGCACCAGACCGACCCCCACAGGAAGGAAAGUAACAGCUGGAAAGACCACCGUCCUCCCCACCACCACCACGACAACCACCACCACCACCACAGGACCACCCGUCAAAACUACAGCCAAAACCGCACGACUGAACACCACCAUCAGCUUCAGGACCGAGGACCUGAGUGAGAAGACUGAGCGGAGGUGGAUCAAAGAGGAGGAGCCGCCUGCAUUGGAGUGUCCCCCGCUGGGUCUGGAGAGUUUGCGGGUAAAGGACACCCAGCUGCAGGCAUCGUCCUUCCAGCGCCGAGGUCUGGGACCUCACCGUGGACGUCUCAACAUACAGUCUGGUGUUGAGGAUGGAGAUAUCUAUGAUGGAGCUUGGUGUGCUCUGUAUGAAGAUAAGAAACAGUGGCUGCAAGUGGACGCUUUGAGGGCCACUCGCUUUACAGGGGUCAUCAUACAGGGCCGCACUUCCCUCUGGAGCUGGAAUUGGGUAGAAACCUUCAAGAUUCAGUUCAGCAAUGACUCCAUAACCUGGAAGACCUGUAAGAAUGGGACACAAGAGGCAGUGUUUGAGGGGAACCAGGACACUGAAACCCCGGUGCUGGCUGAAUUCCCCGAGUCCACGGUGGCGCGGUACAUCCGGAUCAACCCUCAGACCUGGUUCAAGAAUGGAACCAUCUGCCUCCGAGCGGAGGUGCUGGGCUGCGCUCUACCAGACCCAAACAUCUACCAGGGGCAGGAACCAGAAGUCACACAGGACAAACUGGACUUCAGACAUCACAACUACAAGGAAAUGAGGAAGGUCCUGAAGUCCGUGCACGAGGCGUGUCCAGACAUCACGCGAAUCUACAGCAUCGGGAAGAGCUACACAGGCCUCAAACUCUACGUGAUGGAGAUCUCCGACAACCCAGGCAAACACGAGCUCGGAGAGCCCGAGUUCCGCUAUGUGGCCGGAAUUCAUGGGAAUGAGGUUCUGGGCCGGGAGCUGAUGCUGAACCUGAUGCAGUUCAUGUGUCAGGAGUACAAACGGGGGAACCAGCGCAUCGUCCGGCUGGUGAAGGAGACCCGCAUCCACCUGCUGCCCUCCAUGAACCCGGACGGAUACGAGUUCGCCUAUAAGAAGGGCUCGGAGUUGUCCGGGUGGGCUCUGGGACGCUACAGCUACGAGGGCAUCGACAUGAAUCACAACUUCGCUGAUCUGAACACAGUGAUGUGGAACGCCAUCGAGCUGGAGAUGGACAAAUCCAAACUCAUCAACCAUUACUUCCCCCUCCCCGAACAGUACACCUCAGAGGAGGCCUUUGUGGCCCCUGAGACGCGGGCAGUGAUCAGCUGGAUGGAGGCCAUCCCCUUCGUGCUCAGCGCCAACUUCCACGGUGGUGAGCUGGUGGUGACGUACCCGUUCGAUAUGACCCGGGACUGGGCGCCGCGCGAGCUCACGCCCACCGCCGACGACAGCUUCUUCCGCUGGCUGGCCACGGUUUACGCCAGCACCAACCAUGUCAUGUCCAACCCCGACCGCCGGCACUGCCACAACUUCGACUUCAUACGCCACAACAACAUCAUCAACGGGGCCAACUGGCACACGGUGCCCGGCAGUAUGAACGACUUCAGCUACCUGCACACGAACUGCUUUGAGGUGACCGUGGAGCUCUCCUGUGAUAAAUUCCCUCACGCCAGCGAACUGCCCAUCGAGUGGGAGAACAAUAAAGAGUCUCUACUGGUUUAUAUGGAGCAGGUGCACAGAGGAAUUAAAGGCGUCAUCAGGGACAAAGACACUGAUGCUGGAAUAGCCGACGCCAUCAUCAAAGUGGACGACAUCGACCAUCACAUCAGAUCCGCUGCCGACGGGGACUACUGGCGGCUGCUGAACCCCGGCGACCACGACGUGACGGUGAGCGCUGAGGGCUACAUCCCUUCCUCUCGCUCCUGCAGAGUGGAAUACGAGCACUACCCCACCAUCUGCGACUUCCGCCUCACAAAGACCCCCAAACAGCGGCUGCGGGAGAUCCUGGCCAAAGGGGGAAAGAUCCCCAAAGACCUGCAGCUGCGCCUGAGGCAGCUGCGCCUGCGCAAACUCCGCACCACCACCAAAACCCUCAACCAGCGGCGCAUGGCUCAGAGGGCCAGGGCCAGGAGAUCCCACCGUUAGUGCAAACAUCUAACCUCUGACACGGUUUACAGGACAAUUACAGGACUUGAACCUGAUCGUACUUUAUCAGCAGGGUGGUGCUACUCACUGAGCAGGUGCUUUGGAGACAAAUUCGGUACAGGUGCAGGGAUUGGCUGGGGUUCAAUCCCAUUUACAGGUGCUAUGGGUUAAUAAAACAGCAAAAAUACAAUCACAAUGUUAAAAGAGGUGUUCCUGGUACACCAUAGGGUCGUCCAAAGGUUUGAAGACCAAGACGGGUGGGAACCAGAAGGUUGUCAAUCCUUUAAAAUAAAGGACUUCCACUAAUCCUUGGUGCUCCAUGGUUUUCCAGUCUUCUUUUUUUUUAGUCUAAUUAUUUUUGCUACAUAGAUACAUCAGGUGGGAUAGCAUAGUGGAUAACAACACCAUGGGAAAUCUCCCACCUGGAGUGAUUGAUUGGAUUUUGAUUUCAGCUGAUUCCAAUCUUGCUGAGAUUAUUAAUGAUUCUGACCUCAACCAAAUCUGAACUAUGCCGACCAAUCAUUUUAUCCUACAGGUACAAGUGAGCACAUUCCGUCAUCUCAGUCUGGAACUGAUGUUUUUUGUAAAAUAACAAUAAAACAAUAAAAUAUAAUCUUUUUAAACCA